GCUGACUAAGACUCUGAAAAGAAGCCGUCAGCAUCAUGCUGCUAAAUUAAAAAAGAAAGAAAGAAAAGAAGAAGAAGAAGAGAGAAAUAAAGAAAGGAAGGAAGAAAGAAAAGAAGGAAGAAAAAGAAAGAAAGAAGAAAAAGGAGACUUCAAACCCUCCCCAAGCAAACUAAGACCGACAGAUUUCUCUUCUGUUCUCUUCUCUCCUCCACUUCUGCCCUGUUUCUUCAGCAUUGCCUCUUCUGCAGUCAUCUCAACUUCAGUCACCGGCUGAGAUUUUUGGCCCGGGACAUCUCCUGUUCCCCCUACCACCUCAAGGAGAAACGAUGGUCCUGGGACGAUGCUUGCUGUCUUGUCUUUUCCAUCUCCUGAUGCUUUCCCACAAGUCUGUGUUGGCCCAGAAAGACCGGAAGAAAGUGGUACAUGUGUCUGAGGACGACAGCGGGGCUGUUGUGGUUCAGACAGCACCUGGGAAAGUAGUCACCCACCGUGGGGGCACCAUCAUCUUGCCUUGCCGCUUCCACUACGAUGUGUCGGCUCAUGACCCCGAUGAGAUCCGCUUGAAGUGGACCAAGAUGGUGGAGCCCAUGUCCUUUGAGGACGUCUUUGUAGCCAUGGGGAAGGAGCGCCGAGCCUUUGGAAACUACCGGGGUCGAACCACCCUGCAGGAAGACGGGUCCAGUGACGCCUCCCUCAUUAUCCGGAAUGUCACUCUUCAGGAUUAUGGGCGCUACGAGUGUGAGGUGACCAACGAGCUAGAAGAUGAUGUUGGAAUGGUGAAACUGGACCUGGAAGGGGUGAUCUUCCCCUACCACCCUCGCUUGGGGCGCUACUCGCUGAAUUUCCAUGAAGCGCAGAAGGCCUGCCUAGAGCAGGACGGCAUCCUGGCCUCCUACGACCAGUUGCACGAAGCCUGGCUGGAUGGACUGGAUUGGUGCAACGCUGGGUGGCUGGAAGAUGGCUCUGUCCAGUAUCCCAUCUCCAAGGCCCGGGAUGAAUGUGGACGAAAAGACACCCCAGUUGGAGUGAGGAACUACGGCUACCGGCACAAAGACCGCGAGCGUUACGAUGCCUUCUGCUUUACUUCAAAUCUGAACGGCAAAGUCUUCUUCCUCAAAACCUACCGCAAACUCAGCUUCCCCGAAGCCGUUCUGGCCUGCAAGCGAAACGGAGCUAUGGUGGCCAAAGUGGGCCAACUCUAUGCCGCCUGGAAGAUCCAGCUCUUGGACAAGUGCGAGGCCGGCUGGGUCGGGGACGGAAGCGUCCGCUACCCCAUCGUCAACCCCAGGUCUCGCUGUGGGGGCCGGGAACCCGGCGUUCGCAACCUGGGCUUCCCCGACAAGAAAUACAAACUCUUUGGGGUCUAUUGCUUCAAAGAGGCUGGCGGGGAGAAACCCCCGAAAAAGGACAAGGAUGCUCCAGGAAGAUGGAAAGCUUUCCAUGUAUAAAUAGAAACGAGGGGAGCCAAAAGCUCACCGCCUCCGUUUCAUUUGUUGUUCGAGCCACGGAGAUUUGUCUCCAACUCCUCUUUUAGGGGAAUUGUUAUUUGUGUCCAAAAGAAAGGAGGGGGUGGCAGUUUGGUUGCGUAGUCCUCCACUGAAAGGGAAGGAGUCCUCUUCCCCAGCAAUUCAGCUGGAACGUCCAGAAUUUUAGGAAACCUUGGAAGGUCUUGGCAUGUGCUGCAUCACCGCCCGGCUGGAGCUGACCCUGCUGUUCCUUGCCUGCUCAUCUGAAUCUUCUUCAGCAUCUCGGAAGAAGAAAAGUGCCGCUUUAGCCUUUCGCAUUUGCUGCUACAUUGCCGAUGAUGCUACUUUGGGGGACUGUCAUGGGUGGGGUAGAGGAGGAGACCCUGGGUUCCUUGGAGCAGAGGGGACUGGCGAAGGGCUGCAUUUUGCAACUCGUCUGCCGUACCCUGAGCCACGUCUUUGGAAGAGACUGAGGAUUCUCUGUUUUCUUGCACGAUCUGGAGAGCUGCCAAAAGUGUCCCAAAAGUGAGUUGAAAAAUCCAGAAAAGAAGGACCCCCUUCUCCUCUCCAGCAACUUCAUCCUGAGCUUCAUCAGGAUGGAAGCUUCAUCACUGGAAGCUUUCAAGAAGAGACUGGACUGCCAUCUGUCAAAAAUGGUGUAGGGUCUAUUUAGACAGGGGGUUGGACAAGAUCAGGGGUCAGCAACCUGUGGCUCUGGAGCCGCAUGUGGCUUUUUCACCCCUCUGCUGCGGCUCCCUGUCACUCAAAAUAUGCAUCCCAACCACCAAUGUGCAACAUCCGCCAGCACGCGAUUUAUUGAGCUUUUCAACCCCCGGUAGGCUAACCAUGGAUAAAUCCAAAAAAAGAAAAGUUUCAGAAGAAAACAGAACGUUUAAUUCAACUACAUAUGCUAGUUUUGUGGGCGCUCAAGAAAUAGUCAGGCACAGGAAGGGCUUUGUGGCUCCCGGUGGUUUUUUUUCUGUGGGAAAUGGGUCCAAAUGGCUCUUUGAGUGUUUAAGGUUGCAGAGCCCUGGACUACAAGGUCCCUUCCAACUCUGUUAAAUCUAUCUGUAAGUUUUCAUCCUGAAGGCAUUGACUACAGCAGAGAAGCCAGAUCUCUCACCUUUGCUCUCCUCCAAGUUUUCCGUUGUCUUGCUUUCUCAUGUCGCAACCACCGGCUCUUGGUGGAAAGACCCCCUCCCUGCCUGUCCUGUUUUGAGCCACAAAGCUGAAAUCUCGCGGGUGAGCCAACUCUCCCAUCAGCCAGUGGUUGUGGGAAACUGGACCGUAAAGACUUGGUCCCGUCCAUCAUACCGAUGUCUGCUUUGCUUGCAUUGACUCUGUAAGUCAUCCUGUACUCAGCUGAUGCUCUGAAUAAAACCUAUGUGCAAUA